AUGGACGGCCAACACAGCGUUAAGACUGUCUCUGCGCAGGAAGCCCAGGCGCUGAUGAAAGAUGAGGGCUAUGGAUACUUGGAUGUGAGGACUGUUGAGGAGUUUUCUGCUGGACAUGUGGAGAACGCUGUGAACAUCCCAUACAAGAUCAAGAGCGGCUUUGGUAUGUCUGGCUUUAAAUUUUUACUUACUGAGAAGUGGCUGUUUUUCCAGGCUUGUCAGGGUGGCAUGCGAUCUGCAGCAGCUGCUAAAGAACUCAAAGCCUUGGAAUUUGCCAACCUUGUGGACAUGGCUCCUGGAUUUGGAGGCUGGGCUCGCUUGGGCUUACCUUCUACAAAGUGA